AGGGAGAUAGUGAUAGGGCAAGGGGGAAGUGGCUUUAAACUGAGAGAAGAGAGAUUUAGAUGAGAUGAUAACAAGAAAUUCUUCCCUGUGAAGGUGGUGAGGCCCUGGCACAGGUUGAAGAGAGCCUGUGGCUGCCCCUGGAUCCCUGGCAGUGUCCAAGACCAGGCUGGACAAUGGGGCUUGGAGCAGCCUGGGACAGUGGAAGGUGUCCCUGCUAUGGCAGGAAGUUGAACGGGAUGGGCUUUUAGGUCCCUUUAAACUCAAACCAUUGUGGGAUUCCAUGAUAUUACUUGAUUGCACAGGUGCAUUGUGAAUUCCAUAAAAAGCCCCUCCCAAGCUUUCACAGGUUCUGGGAUAGAAAGUGAUUUACUGCCAGCCACUGAAUUAAAUCUCAUCGUACCUUUUUUUCUGCACAGUGGGGGCUGCAGGGCUCAAAUCCCUGUAGCUCUUCAGGCACCAUUUCCCCAAAUCUGGUCUCUGGUUUUAUACAUCUUUUAUUAACAAACAUAAGGCUUUUUCAGAUGCAGAAGAAUAUUUUUUCUUUACAGUGUCUUUUCACUGCUGUCAAUACAAUGGAAAACAUUUUCUAUCUAUGUGAAUUUCCAUUUCUAGUAAUCCAAGUGCUUGCUGCAUUUUGAUUCCUGCAUGGGUAAUAAGGAUUCCAAUCCUGAGGAUUACAGCUUUUAUUUUGUUCACCAGAAAGACACGGAGCUCUUUGGCCAGGAUCCAUAACAACACCUUUUGGUUGUUCACAGGUUUGCUCUACCUAAGAGGACCAAGCAGAUGGGUUUCUUCCUCAACACUGGACUGACUUUUCAAAAUGAAUUAUUGAGCUCUCCAUUUAUGUACUGAGUAGUUAUUUUUCUCGAGAGUUACCAGCCAGACAAGUUUCACAGGGCAGUGAUUAAGGGAAUAUCUGCAGGUAUAAACCACAGUAAAGGUUCAGUACUUCAGAAAUGUUGCUACAUGCUAGUGCUAGUGCUGCUGUCCAUGAAAACUCUGCUUUUGGGAAAUGGGUGACAGAAAAGGCACGGGAGCUAUUUGGCUCCUCCUCAGGUGUAGCUGCAAGUCCUUGAUACCUGUUUUCUUUAUGUUCCUUAGGAGCAAUGGAUCACUGGAUAUGUUCUAUCUUUGGGGUCAACACACACUGUUUAGGGAGCUGUUAGGUGUUGCCCUAUGGGGUGAAACCCCUAAGUGAUAAUUCAUGAAAAUGCAGAUGUGUAUAUGCCAAGGUAACAUGAGAUUUAAGACAAAUAAACCUACCUUCCAUCACAGACUCUGAGACUUAAAACCCUGGAUUGAUUUAGGUUUGAAGGAACCCCAAAGCUCAAAUUUUCCACCCCCUUCCAUGGGCAGUGACCCUUCCACUAUCCCAGGUUGCUCCAAGCCCCAUCCAACCUGGCCUAAUAUUGGUCCAAACUGAGUGAUCAAAAGGCAGUAGAAAGUUCUUGCUUUCUGCAAGGAAGGUGGCCUGGGAACAAUUCCUCUCUCCAAGGAGUCACUGAAUAUCACAGCAGUAGAAACUGCUUUUACCAAGUGAAAGGCUUUAAGUCAAAGGCAGGACCAAACCAGAAUACUCCAUGCUAAGUGUCAAACAAAAAAAAUAAGGAACUGUAUCUGAUUUUUGUUGAGUAAAAACACUUCUAAAAUCCUGUAUUGCACUCAACAGUGCUUCAACAACCUUGUAGUAAAUUAGAUUAAUAGGUGUUGAUUUUACAGCUGCUUGAUUAUCUUCUGCUACAUUAAAAUUUAAUUAUUUAUUCCCACAAGCAUUCUUUUAGUUCUGGCUUUUUACUGGUGCUGUUGGUGCCACAAACGAGCUGCGGUGUUAUCUGUUGCUGCAGUCCAUGGGCGGCAGGCGGGACAACAUCUCUCUCAGAAAUAACCUGCAGCUGCUGUUCCCUGCACCCUGCUGCAAUGAAGCCUGCAUUAAGAACUGGUGAAUAACUCUUGCUAUUCCUCACUCCUGGCCGUGAUCCCUCCCUCCUUUAAAAGGAAGGCAUGACACAGAUAAAGGUGGGGCUUUGCCAGCUCGAGUAUUUCAAAGCCUUGCUCUUGGAGUCAUGAUUGCAGAAGGAGUCCUGGGGCAUAUUCUGGAGACUUUGAUACAUUGGAUUAAGGACUCUUGAUGUGUAUGAGCCACGUCCUGAGCUUGCUCAUCGGAGACAAAAGAGUUAAAAUACGGGAAUUAAUUGAAUGGGAUGGAGUAUAAGGUUUCCAUGGGCAGCAUGAGACACCGAAGAAAUGGCAACUUUGAGAGUUCCAGGCUCCUCUAUUCCAGCAUGUCUCGCAGCAUAGACGUGGCCUGCAGCGAUGCUGAUUUGGCCAACUUCAUCCAAGAAAACUUUAAGAAGAGAGAAUGUGUCUUUUUUACAAAAGACACCAAGUCAAUGGGUAACUUCUGUAAAUGUGGAUACCCUGAAAAUCAGCACAUCGAGGGCACCCAGGUCAACACCACUGAAAAAUGGAACUACAAGAAGCACACAAAGGAGCUUCCUACUGACGCCUUUGGGGACAUUCAGUUUGAAAACUUGGGAAAAAAAGGAAAGUACAUCCGCCUGUCGUGUGACACGGACUCAGAGACCCUCUACGAUCUCAUGACCCAGCACUGGCACCUGAAGACGCCAAACCUCGUCAUCUCCGUCACCGGCGGCGCCAAGAACUUCGCGCUCAAGCCCCGCAUGCGCAAGAUAUUCAGCAGGCUGAUCUACAUCGCCCAGUCCAAGGGCGCCUGGAUUUUCACUGGGGGAACGCACUACGGGCUGAUGAAGUACAUUGGGGAGGUGGUCAGGGACAACACCAUCAGCCGCAGCUCCGAGGAGAACGUGGUGGCCAUCGGCAUCGCGGCCUGGGGCAUGAUCUCCAACCGGGAACCCCUCAUCCGCACGGCCGACAGCGACGGGAGCUACCUGGCCCACUACAUCAUGGAUGACCUGAAGAGAGACCCCCUGUACUGCCUGGAUAACAACCACACCCAUCUCCUGCUGGUUGAUAACGGCACCCACGGGCACCCCACGGUCGAGGCCAAAGUGCGGACUCAGCUGGAGAAGUACAUUUCAGAGCGGGUCAUCCCAGAAUCUAAUUACGGUGGGAAGAUCCCAAUUGUGUGUUUUGCCCAAGGUGGUGGGAAGGAGACUUUGAAAUCCAUCAACGUGGCCAUCAAGAGCAAGAUUCCCUGUGUGGUGGUGGAAGGCUCUGGGCGCAUUGCUGAUGUCAUUGCCAGCCUGGUGGAGGCUGAAGGCACCCUUGCUUCCUCCUGUGUCAAGGAGAGCCUGCUCAAGUUCCUGCCUCGCACCAUUUCCAGGCUCUCAGAAGAGGAGACUGAGAGCUGGAUCAAGUGGAUCAAAGAAGUCCUUGAGAGCCCUCAUUUACUGACAGUGAUCAAAAUAGAACAAGCUGGAGAUGAAAUUGUGAGCAAUGCCAUUUCCUUUGCCCUGUACAAAGCUUUCAGCACCAACGAGCACGACAGGGAUAACUGGAACGGGCAGCUCAAGCUGCUCCUGGAGUGGAACCAGCUGGACCUGGCCAGUGAUGAGAUCUUCACCAAUGACCGAAACUGGGAGUCUGCUGACCUACAGGAUGUGAUGUUCACAGCCCUGGUGAAAGACAGGCCCAAAUUUGUCCGGCUCUUCCUGGAAAACGGCUUGAACCUGCGGAAGUUCCUCACCACAGAGGUCCUGAGGGAGCUGUACACCAACAACUUCAGCAGCCUGGUAUUCAAGAACCUGCAGAUAGCCAAGAACUCCUACAACGACGCCCUCCUCACUUUCGUGUGGAAGAUGGUGGAGGAUUUCCGGAGAGGUCUCAAAAGAGAUUACAAGAACAGCAAGGAUGAGAUGGAGAUACAGCUUUCAGAGGAGUGUCCUAUCACAAGGCACCCGUUGCAAGCUCUCUUUAUUUGGUCAGUUCUUCAGAACAAGAAAGAGUUGUCCAAAGUCAUUUGGGAGCAAACCAGAGGCUGCACUUUGGCAGCCCUGGGGGCUAGUAAGCUCCUGAAGAGCAUGGCUAAGGUGAAGAAUGAUAUAAAUGCUGCUGGUGAGUCUGAGGAACUCGCUAACGAGUAUGAGACAAGAGCAGUAGAGCUUUUCACCGAGUGCUACAGCAAUGAUGAAGACCUGGCUGAGCAGCUGCUGACUUAUUCCUGUGAAGCCUGGGGAGGGAGCAACUGUCUGGAACUGGCAGUGGAAGCCAGAGACCAGCAGUUCAUUGCCCAGCCAGGUGUGCAGAAUUUCCUUUCCAAGCAAUGGUAUGGAGAGAUUUCAAGAGACACUAAGAACUGGAAGAUUAUUCUGUGCCUGUUCUUUUUCCCUUUAAUAGGCUGUGGUUUCAUCUCAUUCAGGAAAAAGCCUGUGGAGAAGAGUAAGAAACUCUUCUUGUAUUAUGUGUCUUUCUUCACCUCCCCCUUUGUGGUCUUCUCCUGGAAUGUCAUCUUCUACAUCGCUUUCCUGCUGCUCUUCGCCUACGUGUUGCUCAUGGAUUUCCAGAAGGAACCCACGGCCCUGGAGAUCAUCCUUUACGUGCUGGUCUUCAUUCUGCUUUGUGAUGAAGUGAGACAAUGGUACAUGAACGGCAGCAAGUAUUUCUCAGACCUGUGGAAUGUUAUGGAUACCCUUGCAAUCUUUUACUUCAUAGCAGGGAUUGUGUUCAGGCUUCACUCUGAUGAAAGCUCUUGGUAUUCCGGGAGAGUAAUUUUCUGUUUGGACUACAUAGUUUUUACCCUGAGGCUCAUCCAUAUUUUCACAGUUAGCAGGAAUCUAGGACCCAAAAUUAUUAUGCUGCAGAGGAUGAUGAUAGAUGUCUUCUUCUUCCUCUUCCUCUUUGCUGUGUGGAUGGUGGCCUUCGGUGUGGCCAGGCAAGGCAUCCUGAGGAAGAACGAGCACCGCUGGGAGUGGAUCUUCCGCUCGGUCAUCUACGAGCCCUACCUGGCCAUGUUUGGCCAGUACCCCGAUGAUAUUGAUGGUACUACCUACAACUUUGACCACUGCACUUUUUCUGGGAACGAGUCCAAGCCCUUGUGCGUGGAGUUGGAUGCCAACAACCAACCCCGUUUCCCAGAGUGGAUCACCAUCCCCCUUGUGUGCAUUUACAUGCUCUCCACCAACAUCCUCCUGGUGAACCUGCUCGUGGCCAUGUUCGGUUACACUGUUGGGUCAGUGCAAGAGAACAAUGACCAGGUGUGGAAGUUCCAGCGUUUUUUCCUGGUCCAGGAAUACUGCAGUCGCCUGACCAUCCCCUUCCCCUUUGUCAUCUUUGCCUACAUAUUCAUGGUGAUGAGGAAAUGCUUCAAGUGCUGCUGUAACAAAGAAAGCAAAGAGCCAUCCAUUUGUUGCUCAAGAAAUGAGGACAAUGAAAUCCUGGCAUGGGAAGCUGUCAUGAAGGAAAAUUACCUUGUCAAAAUCAAUACAAAAGCAAGUGAUUCAUCAGAAGAGAUGGUACAUCGAUUUAGACAACUGGAUGCAAAGCUCUCUGAUUUGAAAGGCCUUCUGAAAGAGAUUUCCUGUAAAAUUAAAUGAGUGCAACUGAAAUCCAAGAGCAGUUACCAAAGCAGGGUACCAGUUCACAAAGAAGAAUUGCUCGGAGCUGGCAGUAACCCCCGGUAAUGGCAGUAAUGGAGGCACCAGAGUGUCAAUGUCUCUCAGCAGGAGUCAGCAGGAUUUUCUUGCUAUUUUUAUUUUUGUUGAUCAAACAGCCCUUUCUGCUUCUUGCAAAGCUGUGGUGAAACAGGAGAUGACUGCUUAUCUCCUGACAUGAUUCCUGCGUUACCCAAACUCCCCAUCUGCCCUAAUGUCCAGUGGCAGCAAUUAGUCCUUGUAGCCGCUGUUGUAAAGCACUCCUAUUUCCAAGAGUAGUUCUCUGCUGUUGUCUCUUGGCUUUUCCGUUUCACUGAAAGGGACCUGUGCAAGGGUUUCCUUCAGAUACUAAUUGCUCGUCGGAAUGAAUCCUUCUCCCUUCCCUAGCCAUCCUCACUUGCCAGAUCUCACUUGCUCCUUGCAUGGGCUGUCUGUGAGACCUGCUGGUGUCUGGAAUGCUGGCAUGCCAGAAUGCAGUAGAUUUUGGCAUCAUACCCUGCAGGAAAGCCUUUGUCCAACCCUGCAUCCCUAUUUCAGACUGUUCAUGAACAUUGUGGACUUCUUCCCACCCUACCUGGAGCCGUGCAGAAGUUCAGCUGUUACAGCCCUGCAUGGGAGAGACUUGAAUUAAUCUAGGAAGUGUUUCCAAAGGCCUUGCUUGGUUUCUUUAGUAAAAAUUUGUAUCCUAGGAAUGUUGGAAUUAAUUUGACUUUUCCAUCAUGUGUUUGCUGAUGUUUGCAUUUGGAAAUGGAGAAGAGAUUGUUCGAAGCUUUAAAGAAAGCAAUGCUUGAUAUGGUGAGGUGGUCCUUUGUGCUUUCUGUCUAAAAUAGCACCUGAAUUUUGUCCCAUUUUGUGUGGAAUAACUCAGGGCACAGCCAACUGAAGGCACUACAAACGACAUUGAUUUACCUGCCAAAGCCUUGUAUCAGUCUUCGUUCCCAGUGUCAAGGAAUCAUGGAAUCAAAGACUCUCCAGAGCAGAAAGGACCUGCAAGGAUCAUGGAGUCCAACCCCUGGCCCUGCACAGACACCUCAACAAUCCAAUCCUACCCUGUGCAUCCUUGAGAGCUCCUUGGGCUCUGUCAGCCUGGGGCCGUGCCCAUUCCCUGGGAAAGCCUCUUCAGUGCCCCAGCACCCUCUGGGAGAAGAACCUUUUCCUGAUCUCCAGCCUGAGCCUGCCCUGAAACAGCUGCAGCUGCUCCCUUGGGUGCUGUCCCUGGCCCCAGAGAGCAGAGAUUGGAGCUGUCCCUCAGGAGGAAGAUGUAGGCCAUGCUGAGAUCAUCUCUCUCCUCUUCCUCCUCUUCCCCAAGCUGAAAAAGCCAAUUGACCUCAGCUGUUCCUCAUGCAGCUUCCCCUCUUGUUCCUUCAUAAUCUUCAAGCCCUUCAUGCCCUUCUCUAUAAGCUUGAUAUCUUUAUGAUAGUUUCAGAAAGGUUGUUGCUCUUUUCUCCCUGCAUCUCAUGAUGCAACUGUACUGUAUGCUGUGCAUGACAUCAUCCUGGGGUCAUGAAAGUUUCUAAAUGAGCUUGCUUCCAUUAAAUCACAUGGCAGUUAGCUUGCAUCAUAAAUCCUUGAGAUAAUGUUCUUUUCCAGAACUUAUUUUUCCCAUAUCGUUUGUAUGCCUUGGAUGUCAAAAUUGUGGUUUUAGUUCACUCCUUCCCUAUGUAAAACCUAGAGGAUGCCUAUCUCUAGAGAUCUAAUCUCUUGAAAAUGUGUGAAUGUAAUGACAAAAUCAUGUUCUCUAAGGUCUAAAUUCUGGAGUGAGUCUGUGUCCAUUGCUGCACCCAGGGGCACCAGCCUGUGCCCCACAUACUGCUCCCUUCCUUGGGCCGCAGGGAGAGCCCGGCCGAGGGGCUGAGCCCGCACCAACUCUUCCCUCCUGCCGCUCUCUCGAGCUGGCUGAGGACAGGAGCCGAGCGGCCGAGCACCUGCGCCGGGUCCUGCCGUACCUGCAGAACGCACAGGAGCCCCUGCGAGCGGCGGCCAUCAGGUUCCUGGGUGAGCCACGAGCCCGGGCUCCCUCCCCGGCCCGCCGCAGCUCGGCCCCAGCCCCGGCUGCUGCCCCGGCAGCGGCCUCUGGGCCCGGCGCCAUGGAGCCCUGACUCCCUGGUGUGCCCAGUAUUUCGUGUCAGCACCUUCAAGGAGGGCAAGGGGACCCUGCAGGGGCUGUCCACUGGGUGCUGCCAAUAAGGAGCACUGGGCAGAGGCAGGGCUGGUGGCCAGCCCAGGCCCUCAUGGCUGUCCAGGCCAAGGUGACAGGCCAGGGUGACCAUGGCCACCCUGACACAGAGCUCUGGGCUCUCAGAGCUGUUGCCACCAUUGGGAGGGCCACGAUGUCUCCUCCAGCAGGGCUGCAGAGUCGCUGCUGCCCAAGUGGCUCUGGAGCCCACAGAAACAGCAACAGCAUGUGCAAAGGAAUGUGCACUAGAGGAGCAAAUCUGCUUCCAGCACUUCCCUUGGCUGCUCCUUCAGGGUGAUCACAGCAUACUCAGAGACAGAGAACAGCUUCUCGUCCAAGAAUUAUCCCUGUUGGGAUUCAUGAUUUAUUUCUCUAUGAAUUCUCUGUAUGGUUCAGUUUUAUGUACCCCUUCCCCCCUAAUUGUUAUGCAGGCCUUCCCUCACAGUCCCUGCACCCCAAGUUAUUUUUAGCUUUUGCUGUUAAGUGUCCCUCAGCCUUCCCGCCAGAAAUGUUCUCCUCCCCUUCCUCCCUGAUUGGCUCUACUGCAUGUCCCUGCCCCUUUUCUGUCUUGGUUACUAACUUGGAUUGGCUAGCUGCGUCUCGCCACCCCCAUUGCUCCUCCCAUGCUCUAUCCCUUAAAACCCCUGUGCAUCCCUGAUUCUGGGCUCUCUCGCUCUCUCUCUCUCCCCUCGGAGAACCUAGAGUGGGCAAAUAAACCUCUCUGUGUGUUCCCCCAAGAGAGCCUCUCUGUCUCCUCCUUCUUUGUUGUGGCGAACCAUCGGGUCUGCAUUGCCUCUCGAGGCCAAGAACCCACAGGGGCAGGGCUGACUCCACAAGACUGUCAGCUCGCCUCCUAGAGUCUGUGUUGCUGGUGGUGUAGAGCAAGCCAGGCCAGGCAGAUGGUGAAGAGCAGACACCACCGCAACAUUGGUGGCGCCUACUGCGGGGCCUUGAAGAGGCGUCAAGACCCUGCAGAAGUGGAUUGGCAGCACCCAAGACCAGGUUGGGUGCUGCGAAGAAGAUCCCUGGACGUUCCAGUACCUCCUGGUGAGCAGUCCCUUUGGGGAGGCGCUCCCGGAGGAUUGUGAGGGUAGCCGACGGCUGCUGCACUCCAGCGUCGGUCCUCGCAGAAGGAGGAUCUCCCUGAGACAGUUCUGCACCCCCUCCAGGAGCCGAGAUUCCGGUCUGAGGAUUGGUAAGUGGAAAUUUCGUGCCUCCCUAGGCUGCGGGGAGAGCAGGUGCCAUUUGGCACGACUCGAAUUGAACACAUAACAGCCCAUAAGGCUGUGGACGUGACCACGUGGUCCCCAGGGGGUAGGAUUUUUGGGUCCCUCGCCCUCGGUUGGUUGGCUCUGGAGUUUUGAUUUUGUUCUGUUGGCUGUUUUUGUGUUGAGGAGUGUGCGUGGCCGUGAGAGGGCGGCACGCAGGGCGGUCAGUGUGUCGGCUUCUGCGGGUUUUUACUGACAGUGAGAUUUUAGUUUUGCAUCGCACCCCGUGUUGUGUGUGGCUUUUGCAGCUGUAGUGAGUGCGUGUUCUUGCGGGUUUUAAGUUUGCGGUGCUUGUCGUUUUUGUGUGGCUUUUGAGUUAUACCGGUCUCAGGGAGAAAGCUGCCACUUAACACCUUGUUGUUGGGAAAAUGGGUGCUUCCCUGUCGGCAGCAGACAGAGAAAAUUUUUCAGUUUGCGUCGCCUUGCUGGAAGCAAGUGGCGCGCGAUUUUCUAAGACUUGCCUGAGGAGGCUGAUCAGAUGGAUCAGCAAGGAAUUUCAGGAGGUUUCCCGGGACAAGAUCCAUUGUCUCCGAUUUUGGGGGACAGUGGAAGAGAAAAUUGCACAAUUCGGCUGGUCCUGAGGAAAAGAGGCGCAGAAAUUUUCUUAUUUGGCCUUGCAGUUAAAAACUGCUUUGAAAAAUAAAGAUCUCCUUGCUAAUCCAUCUACCAGGCAGUCUGCCCCUUCUUCCCCUUCCCCUAGUCCUAAGCCCAGUCGUUCCCCCAAGGGAAUUCUAAAGAAAUUUGGGCUGAAAAAAUCCCCGAGCUCUGCCUCUCUGCAGAAUUCCCGUUCCCCCAGCCUCAGUAGUCGUGGCCAGACUGCUGAGGAUCCUUCGGACUGCCCUGGCCAGGCAGGCGAAGGCCCAACCCGUACCCGCUUUCCCUCAUCCCCUCAUCCCAGAGUUAAGUUUAAUUUAACUGCGUCACAGUCCGCACAAGAUGGCGGAUGUGGUGCAGAAAAUGGCGGCCACUCAGCCUCGUGGUCACCAUCCCCAUCCCCCAUCCCUUCUUCUUCCCGCAAUCCUUUU